AUGCCUUCCUUCAAGUCUACCACCCUGGCCGUUGCCGCCGCCUUCGUCGCCGUUGCCCGUGCCGACUACGUGAUCCAACCCGACAGUGUCCCUCUCUCGACGAGAAAGGCAUGGUGUGCCGAUGAGAAGCGUACUUGCCCCAUCAUCUGCCAACAGAUCGAUACCAGGCCGGCCAUCGUCAACGACUGCGAUCCUGAGCAACUAACCUACGGCUGCAUCUGCGGUAACGGCCAACAGCCCAACAUCUCCGAAUACACUCUCACCCUCCCCUACUUCACCUGCACCGAGUACGGAAACCAGUGCGUCACCGCCUGCGGCCAGAACAACGAGUGCUCCCGCGCCUGCCGAGAGGACAACCCCUGCGGUGCCCAGGACCCUGCGCCCCCGAACAAGACCGCGACCGAGACUUCUGCCAGCGCCUCUGCCACCAAGUCCGCCGACGACGAGAUCAUCACCAACCUCGGCGGUGACCAGCAGGGAGCUGCUGCGUCCUUUGGCGGUAUUGAGCUGGGUCGUCAAUAUGGUCUUGCUGUUGUGCUUGGUGGAUUCUUCGCCGGCUUUGCUCUUCUGUAA